AUGCAUCGACUUUUUGCUGAGCUGGAGCCAUCUGUAACCGUCACCGAGCAAAACCUGGCAGACCGAGUUCGGUAUAUUUUGCGCUCAAAUACAUUUGAUGUCACCGAACUCGAACGGCUACGACGUGAGGCUGUUCCUUCAUCGGGUGAAAAUGCUGCGGCUGAGGAUGCGGCGCCACAACUUGCUGAGCAAACGGCAAAUGUGGAUGCCGCCGUGAAUACGCCAGUUGUGGUUGAUUCAAACGAUGACGGAACAGUCGCCCAGGAACUGGAACUAGAGCAAAUGAGGAGUACAUUGGAGGAGGCGAUUGUGGAAACGCGCAGUACGCUUCUCGAAAAUCGACCGCGACUUCCCCGCUUAGCCCUAAGCAAGCGGAAUCGGGCUGUCGUGAGGGCUCUGAACCCAAUGCUGGUUACCUACUUGGAAGCCAGCCGGGACCUUUGCGAGACGGACUCCAUUCUUUUUGGCGCCGCACUGGCAGUCUGCCGUAUUAUAGGCGCCAAACUUUCCACGGCUGUACGCGCUACUGGACAAAGUAGUGCUAUCCCAGCCUGGGGAAUAAGAAUUGAAGAACGUAUCGCGAGGGCUAGGGCCCUCAUCGGCAGACUGAUAUGCUUCAGGUCAGGCAAUACCAGGCCAAGGAUUGUGCGCACCGUCAGGAUGGUGUUUGAUGGGACAAAUAGUGAUCAGAAGAGGCUCUACAAAUCAUUGAAGCGAUCAAUAGUAAGUGGAACGGGCCCAGCACCAAAUCAGGCCGACAUGGUCGCAUUCUGGCGCAGCCUGUGGUCAGAGCCCGUAAACCACAACGAGGGCUCUUGGACGGAAGUUGUGGCGAGUCAGUGUGCGGGUAUUACGCCCAUGGACCCCGUCAUCAUAACGCCGGAUGACGUAGCUGAGGCGGUCCGUAGGGCCCCGAACUGGAAAAGUCCGGGGCUUGACGGGCUGCAUCACUACUGGCUGAAGGGGUUCAUGGUGUGUCACGCUGUGCUCGCCUGA